GGGGUAGGGAUCUCCUCCACAUCCCGAUGGAGAUUUAAUCACCCUAUACUUGUAAUCUCGGCAAUUAAUUUAUGGCAGCUUCAAUAAAUAUAUAGAUAACUGACACUUGUCCCAGAAUGGGUAUGUUCUUUUGAUCGGUUCUGGACAAAAUUAUUGACAUCAUGAAAGCCAAUCUAUCACCAGUUCACUUCUUCUCCCAUGGCUCGACCAUGAUGCUGGGAGAAGACUCCGAGUCUGCCGAUUACUGGAAGAAGGCCGGUGACCAAGCCUUGGCCAACAAUAUUAAGGGUGUUAUCAUGAUGGGCGCUCAUUGGGACGCUGAAGGCGAUCGCAUGCAAGUCGCCAUGAACCCCAAACCAGGCAAAUCACCCGUCGCAUACGUCCACCCAUCAAAAUACGUCGACUACGAACUCAACCCCGAUCUCGAGACCGGCGAACGAUGUAUUUCCCUCCUCAAAGACGCCGGCUUCAACGCUUCUGGAAAUACCGAGUUUGAUUGGAUCCACGAUACAUAUCUCAUCCUCGUCCGCAUGUUUCCCAACGGCUGCCCACCAACAACACUCAUCUCCAUGAACGCGCGCUUCGAUCCUCACUACCACAUGCGCGUCGGCGAGACUCUCCGCCCUCUUCGAAAAGAAAAUUAUCUCAUAAUCGGCUCUGGCGGUGCAGUACAUAACCUAUACCGCAAUAUCUGGGCGCCCAUUUUAUACUACUCCGAUAACUUUGCGCAAGAGAAGCCACCCGAGGCUUGGGCCCUCGAGUUUAGACAGGCUGUUGAGGAUGUUAUCAAGAACAAUAGCGGACCGAGAUUGAGACGCGCGAUGACGAGGUUGAUGAAGCACCCUCUUUAUAGAGACGCUCAUGCCACGGAUGAUCACUUCAUGUCAGCUCUGUUCGUGGCGGGUGUGUUUGGUGAUGAGGAGGAUGAGGGUGUUUAUGGUGAGCUCAAGGCUGAGACUUGGGAGUUGACGAAUAUGUGUAACAGUCAGUUUACUUUUGGAUCAUGGCCGAGGACUCUUGCGACAGCGGCAGCAUGAGGAGAUUUGGUUCAGGUCAGAUUGUUAGAAGAACUCUUGAUAUACAGCGUGCAAUAAAUAAGAGGCUAAUUGAUUGAAAUGUUUGUGCCGAGA